AUGGGUGGUCGUGUGCACUCUGUAGAAUUGCGAUAUCCUCGUUCGAUAAUUAUCUACGACAUCUGCGUCGAAUUCACGGUGAUCUCGGGCAUGAAACCGCAUCCUCACUUAUGCAACAGAAAAAGGAAGGCUUCAAGGGCUACAAAACAGUAUGAAUGCUCCAUGUGUGAUUACAGAGGCCCGACAAAACAAGCGAUCAGGAUGCAUACUUUGAGGUAUCAUCGACAGCGUUCUUGCACUGAGGAUGGAGGUUCUGCCAGUCGUAAUGUUUUGAUGUGUCCGCAAUGUUCCACUUAUACUUCCGGUACUAAAGCCUUAAUUGAGCACGCACGUGCGGAGCACGGAUUCCAAGGCGUGGUUGCAACUACGCGAUUCUCGGAUUGGGAUGAAUUCAUGGCUUGGAAAGAAAAGCAAGAACGACGCAUUUCAGCUUCGUGGGCAUGUUACAGUACUUGCUCAAAUAAUGGCUUCACGACGAAGUAUUACAAGUGUAAGCGAUCGUUCAAGAGGAAGAAGGUUUUGAAUCCGAAAAGAAAACGUGCUAGUACGCCAUAUCAGUCCGCCUGCACAUCCUUUCUGAAGGUUGUUGUAAGUGAGACUACGGGAAAGAUUGGCGUAGAAUAUUGCGAUAUGCAUUUUGGCCACCUCUAUAAUGCUACUGUAUCGCCUGAUAGCGACGAUGAUUCUGAACCUGGAACCACCCAAAUAUUUAUGUGCAACGUCUGUCCCACUGGUGCAUGUCACUGCAUGGAUAAUGUCGAGUCAGGGAUUUCAGGUAAAUAG